UGUCUUUACAGGCCGCUAGCUACGAGUUUUGGAUCAAACUUUGCGCCGCGCGCCUCGCUAGGCGCCACAACCACGCUCCGCAGCGCCUGCAAGCACCGCGACAGCGCACUUGUCCCAGACUUUUGAAGCCGUGCGCCGCCGCGCCCCAAAAAAAGCAUUCCAAAGACCAGCAGCUUUAAGCACAGCGCAAGACGCCAAGACGCCGCGCGGCACAGAUAGCUUCUUAAGCCAGCGAAUAAACAGCAAAGAUGCCCAUCGCCACGCUGUUUGACGACAAGAAGGAAGACGACGACGAGCAGGACGACCGGAACGAGCUCUACACCGGCGGGAAUCGGCGGGGCGGCGGCGGGUCCGGUCUCGCCGUGAUUGGCGGCGACGACGACCCCGAUGCCGAUGCCGUAACGCGCAUGUUCCGCCAGGCCCAGCGCAACGCGGCUGGUAAUGGAGAGGGCCCCGAGGAAGGCGCCGAUCAAGUGAAAGUUACUGUUUACUCGAACGGCUUUGUGGUCGGCGACGGCCCGUUUCGGCCCUCUGAUGGCUCUGAGGAGAACGAGGCGUUUUUGCGCGAUGUUGGGAGAGGUAUCGUGCCGCGAGAGUUGGAAGAUAGAGCUGGCGCCGGCGCCGUGAAUUUGGAACUCGUCGACAAGCGCGGCGAGAGUUACGAGGCACCGGCUUAUACUGCCUUCUCAGGAGGCGGCCAGACGCUAGCCUCCACAAACACGUCGGGUAUCUUUUCGGAAGCUUCAUGCGAAAAACCAGCUCUUGAUGACGGGAAGCCGAAAACGACGCUACAAGUGCGCUUGUCAAACGGGAAGAGAGCUAGAGUCACCCUGAACCUCGACCACACGGUGGCGCAGCUCGACGCGUUGAUCCGGGCGGACCACGGCGCCGAAGGCAGCUACCAAUUGUUAGCAGGCUUCCCGCCCGCGCCGCUCGCGGACCCCGCGGCCUCCGUCGAGGCGGCCGGGCUGAAGGGCGCCUCCGUGACGCAGAAGGCGGCCUAGUUGUGUUCCUCCCACUUUAAAACUUCCUCUCGGUAGUCGUUUGCCAUCGGCGCGUGGCCUCGUGGGAUCUCUAGGUGUCGUCACAGUCGCGUCAGUUGUCGCGUCGAUGGCGUCGAGAGGCGGGCCCUGGCAGACGACGGCGCGAAUUUCGGGUAGCCCGAGCACGCCAUCGCCGCGUAUCACAAUAAUGAU